AUGGCUAGCUAUGGCACCAUCCCUACCUCCUCCUCGCCUGCCGGCAACCCGGUGAACCUCGAGUACAUCUCUCGUGCCAAGGAACGCAUCAAGGAUGGCCUCGCCACUCGCCGCCCCUGGCGUGAGAUGUUCAAUUUACACUGCUUCAAUCUCCCGUCCACCUCCGGCGCCUUCUCUCGAGUCAAAACGAAUUUAGCAUUCUUCCGAAUGAACUACGCAAUGAUAGUUCUGUUGAUUCUGUUUCUGAGUCUCCUCUGGCACCCGAUUUCGCUUAUUGUUUUCAUUGUAAUGAUGGCGAUUUGGCUCUUCCUCUACUUUCUCCGCGACGAGCCGCUUGUGAUCUUCGGCCGGAUGAUUACCGAUCGUGUGGUGCUCAUUGUUUUGUCGUUGGUCACGAUUGUUGCUCUACUGUUGACUCACGCCACUAUCAAUAUUCUGGUGGCGCUGUUGGUUGGAGUGGUGGUGGUUCUGAUUCACGCCGCCGUGAGGAAAACGGAUGAUUUGUAUGUUGAUGAGGAGGCUGCCGGCGGUUUGUUGAGGUCUACUGCCGGUGGUCCUUCUUCGUAA